AUGUUUGUGUGUGGAGCAUGCAUUUUGGCGUGAUCGCCGUCGCUACCCGGUUUUUUUUUUUUUUUGUUCUCUAACAAAGUGUGAGUUACAGUGAACCGGUCGGGUCAUAAAGUGAAGGACGGGCAACGUCUCUGCGUUUUUGUUUGUAUUUACAUCAGCUUGCUUUCUGUUUUAACACCACAAAAUGGGUCCUGGUUAGGAUUAUGGAUCUGGAAAUAAAGAAGCAUUGAGUUUGCAGGGGCGAGCUGAUGCGGCUCAGUGGAGAUCGGCGGCCCGCAGCCGUGUUCGAAGCCUGGUGCUGAAUUAAGUUAGAGUCGCUGCGGCUCCGCUAACGAAAGAAAGGACAAGUCGUUGCGUCUCAUCAGAUCAGAACAGCAACGAAACAAAUCUCCCUCUGAUUCUCUUCUGGGAGUGCUCACACUUGAAACGCCGCCAAGAUAGCUGGACCAAGCAGGAAACGGCCCAGCUCAGAUCCAGAUCCCUGUGGAAGCAGCUCCGGCAGUGGGAGCGAGGUAGGAGACGGCCGACCCAUUAGCGGCAAGUGGUUGAAGAUGGCCAGCAGCAGUACAGGACCCAGUGAAUCUGGCCGGAGGCGAGGUCAGAGAGGACCUGACGAUGCGGUCAGCACCAGCAAGAAGAAGCAGAAGGACAGAGUCAACCAGGAGAGCAAGGAGGCCAAGCGGGCAGCUUCAGCCAACAGCACAGACACUAGGAAAGAUUUGUUUCUGGACUGGAAGCAGAAUGCAUAUGAGGUGAUUGUGAGGCUAAACUGUGGAGAUGCUGGAGUGCUGAGAGUAGAAGAUAUCGAUUCUGCUUUUUCCGAUUCUGCCUGCCACAUCCGCUUGCCGGAUGGCCGUGAAUGGAGCUGUCAUCUCCACGAAGAGAUUGAAGGCUCCUGCAGUAAAUUGCUUUAUAAGGAGAAAACAAAUGUUCUGCAGCUUGUCAUGCACAAGAAGAUCCCCCUCAACACCUGGCCCACCUUCGCUAACAAGAAAAAGACUGAAGCGGUGAACAUCCUUACAAAGAAUGGCAGCAACCACCCGCAGUUAACCACAGGGCGGUCUGAAAAAUCUGCCGAAACCAUUGAAAAAAUGCCCCCAGUGACUUCUGCUGAGCAAAAACGAGGUAAACCCGACCGAGGGUUGAAACGAGGGAUGAAAGGCAAACAGGUGGAGCUUACUGAGAGCACAGGCGUGAAGGCUGCAGAGAUUAAAUCAAGCGAUAAAGCAGACCCGAUUAAUGAGCCCAGCGCAAAGCGCACCACACGACCCUCUAGAAACACAAAGGAGCCCCCUCUAGCUCCCUGCUCCUCGAAGGAGUCUCAAUCCAAACAAGUAGUCAAUGGCAAGACACACUCAUCAGCAGUAAGCAGUGGUGCCUCGUCAUCUAGCAAUGCAAAAGACAACAGGGCUCAGAUGCAGGUCAAAGGUCAAGCAUGCCAGGCAUCGCAGGGAGAAAAAGUGGACAGGAGGUCAAAAAGCAAUGCUCAGGUUGAAGCGGAUGAUAGCAAGAUUGCGUCCUCUGUGCGUGAGCCGAAGGUGACACAGCAGGAGAGUUGUUCUUCUCCCGUGCAAACAAGCUCUGAAAAAAUAGCAUCAGAUCAGACUGAGGAAAAGAAGCCACAGGCUGAUACCCAGAUCCCUAAAAUGCUUCCAACUCAUGAUUCAGGGUCUGGGGGGCCUGUGUCAACAUCCUCAAAGAGAGAAGAGUCUCCUCAGAAGAGCUGCUCAGAGGAGAAGAGGGACAAGUCCAAGGAGGAGCCAUGUGGAGGGAACCAUGAGGAGGAUACAGGAGGUCCGGAGCCGAUGGUGAACUUGAAGUUGGUGAAGAAUGACUCGUAUGAGAAAGGAACAGACCUGAUGGUCGUUAACGUCUACUUGAAAGAAAUUUGCCGGCAGACCUCCAGGGUGCUGUUCAGGGAACAAGACUUUACUCUUAUCUUCCAGACCAGUGAUCCCAACUUUUUGCGCCUUCAUCCGGAUUGCGGACCAAACACCGUCUUUAAAUGGCAGGUUAAACUCAGGAAUCUAAUCCAGCCAGAUCAGUCCAGCUAUGCCUUUACUCCGUCCCGAAUCGACAUCACCCUGAAGAAAAGACACAGUCAGCGCUGGGGGGGUCUGGAGGCCCCUGCCACACAAGGUGCAGUGGGGGGCGCCAAGGUUGCUGUGCCCUCCAGCCCUUCCACACUUGAGAAGAGUCAGCCAGGUAGCAGCCAGCAUGCACUUCCUGCUAAAGAAGAACCACGUGUGGGAGAGGAGAAAGCCAAACCCCCUCGAGCCCCAGAGGACUCCGGCCUGGAUGCGGUGGCCCCUCGCUCAGUCCAAGAACAAAUGUCCCUAAAACAGGAACCAACUGUUGCAACGCCCAAGCCCACCUGCAUGGUGCAGCCCAUGACUCACACUCCUCCUGCAGGCAGUGAGAGAGCUGAAGAAGUGGAGGAGAAGAAAGUGUGUCUCCCUGGCUUCACUGGACUGGUCAAUCUGGGAAACACUUGCUUUAUGAACAGUGUGAUCCAGUCCCUCUCCAACACACGGGAGCUCAGGGAUUAUUUCCACGAUAGGGGGUUUGAGUCGGAGAUUAACUGUAAUAACCCAUUGGGCACGGGUGGACGACUUGCCAUUGGCUUUGCUGUUCUACUUCGAGCGUUGUGGAAGGGCACUCAUCAUGCAUUUCAACCCUCCAAAUUAAAGGCUAUAGUUGCCAGUAAGGCAAGUCAGUUUACAGGCUAUGCGCAGCACGAUGCUCAGGAGUUUAUGGCUUUCUUGCUGGAUGGGCUGCAUGAGGACCUGAACCGCAUUCAAGACAAACCAUAUACAGAAACCGUUGACUCAGACGGCCGUCAGGAUGAAGUUGUUGCAGAAGAGGCAUGGCAGAGGCAUAAAAUGAGGAACGAUUCAUUCAUUGUUGACCUCUUUCAGGGCCAGUACAAGUCAAAGCUGGUGUGUCCAAUGUGUUCUAAGGUUUCCAUAACCUUUGACCCCUUCCUGUACUUGCCUGUCCCUCUACCUCAGAAGCAGAAGGUGCUGACUGUUUUCUAUUUCGCUAAAGAGCCUCACAAGAAACCAGUCAAGUUUUUGGUCAGUGUGAGUAAAGAGAACUCGAGCACGACUGAAGUUCUGGAUUCAAUAUCUCGCAGUGUGAGGACCAAACCAGAGAAUCUGAGGCUGGCAGAGGUGGUGAAGGGUAGAUUCCACAGAAUCUUUUCAUCAUCUCAAUCUUUAGAUACGGUCUCGUCCAGUGACCUGCUCUUCUGCUUUGAGAUGUUGUCUAAAGAUCUCGCCAAAGAGAGGGUGGUGCUGCUGAAAGUCCAUCAGAGACCUCAGGUUCCUAGUAUACCAAUCACAAAGUGUGCUGGCUGCCUGAAGCCUCCUGCCUCUGACGAUGAGAAGCUUAAGCGCUGUACUCGCUGUUACCGUGUUGGCUACUGCAAUCAGGCCUGCCAGAAAAACCACUGGCUUAAUCACAAAACCAUGUGCCGGCCCAAUGUGGAGAGUAUUGGACUGCCGUUUUUAAUAACUGUGCCUGAGUCUAGGCUGACCUACACCCGCCUCACACAGCUUCUGGAAGGCUACUCUAGGUACUCUGUCAAUGUGUUCCAGCCUCCUUUCCAGUCCGGUAGGACGUCCCCAGAGGCCAGCCUGUCCCGCGUUGACCUGACCUCCACGGCGAGUAGUGCCUCAGAGUUUAAACAGAAGGAGGAAGAGCCGACAGGAGAAGCAGAAAACCUAGUGGAGCAGGGUGAUUCUGUCACAGCCCCGCACACAGAGACCGUGUCUACUCUCAUCACAGCAGAUGGGGACACCCUCUCCACACGCACCACUGACUCGGGAUACUGUGAGCUUGCCACCAGCUCCAAAGAUUCUUUGGUGGAGAAAGAAACAUCAUGUGAAAAGGCUAUUAAACCAGAAGCUAUAGUGACUGGGUAUCAGCAGCCUUCAGCAGAGUCUGGAAGUGGAAGUGCGUCUCAAUUCUACAUCAGCAUUCUGGAAGCAAACCAAAAGGAGGACAAAAAACUUGAGGACAAAGGUGAUGUGGUACUGGAGCUGCCUGAUGACUGCACGCUGGAGCUGGUGUGGAAGAACAAUGAGCGGCUGAAGGAAUAUGUACUGGUGCGCUCUAAAGAGUUGGAGUUUGAUGAAGACCCAGGCUCUGCUACGGAAACAUCCAGGGCAGGACACUUCACUUUAGAGCAGUGCCUGAAUCUCUUUACCAAACCUGAGGUGCUGGCACCUGAAGAGGCAUGGUACUGUCCUAAGUGUCAGCAACACAGGGAGGCCUCUAAACAGCUGCUGCUUUGGCGCCUUCCCAACGUGCUCAUCAUCCAGCUUAAGCGCUUCUCAUUUAGGAGCUUCAUAUGGAGGGACAAGAUUAAUGAUAUGGUCGAUUUCCCAGUCAGAAACUUGGACUUGAGUAAGUUCUGUAUCGGUCAUAAGGGUGACAUCCAGCAGCCCCCUAUCUAUGACCUCUACGCUGUGAUUAACCAUUAUGGUGGAAUGAUUGGAGGACACUACACGGCCUACGCUCGUCUUCCCAGUGACAAGAACAGCCAGCGCAGCGACGUUGGUUGGCGUUUGUUUGAUGACAGCACAGUAACGACGGUGGAAGAGAGUCAGGUGGUGACACGUUACGCCUAUGUGCUGUUCUACCGCCGCAGGAACUCUCCAGUGGAGAGGCCGUCUCACCUGCUGGGGCCCCUUGGUGCUGAAUCCUCUGCUGCAACUGGUGGUGCUGCCAGUCAGGCGUCUCUGAUAUGGCAGGAACUGGAGGAGGAUGAGGAGGGGCAGCGACAGGCCUCUUUCCGGAGCCUGUUUCGCCCCGGGCUUCGUGGAAGAAGAGCCAGGACAAGGCUGGAGGAAGAAGAAGAAGGCAGGAGAGGGCAUUCUCAGCGCAGAAGAGAUGGCAUCUCAGAUUACUGUGACAGCGAACGCCUGAGAUAUUUCAUCAUGGGCACUGUGGCUGCAGUCCUGGCAUUGCUGUUCAACCUCAUCUAUCCUUUGUUAUACUGGUCCAACUGGGCUUGAUUUACUACUCAAUGCAGCUGCAGACCCUCAGUACAAAGAUUUGCACUUUAAACUGAUUGUACUGUAAGUCUUGUCUCUUUUUGAUGGCAACUUUAAUGUUUUUUAGCUUGGGAGUCACACAGCCUGAUAUAGCCAUGCCAGUCAGCAUUUUUUUUGUCCCAUUUCAGUUGUUUUACAGCAUUGUACAGAAUGUUUAAAAAAAAUACUCAGGAAAAUACUAAUAGCAGUUUAAAGAUCUUUAUUUACUGCCUCCUUUUUUGCCAGACUUGAGAUUUUGUUUUAGCUGUAUGACUAACCAAUAAAUCAAAACUUUGAUUACAAAUAUUAAAGGGAUAAUCCAAAAAUGGAAAAAAAAUGUUUACCCUCAUGUCAUUCCAAACCUGAAUGAAUUUUUUUUUUUUUUUCGAAAAUAUUUUUUAAGAAUGUUUUGGUUCCCUUUGACUUCCAUUGGGUUUUUUUGUCCAUACAGUUGAAGUCAAUGGGAACUGAAACUGACAUUCUUCAAAAUAUGUGUCCCAACAUCCAACAUGUUUGGAACAACAUGAAGGUGAAUUAUGAAUUAAUUUUCAUUUUUGGAUGAACUGACCUUUUAAGGAACAGUUCAGCAUUCAAACAUUCAAAAUAACUUAAUUGCCUUUAUAAACGGCAUAAUGGUGGCAUUUUUAAACUCUAAUUUUAAAGUCAACAUUAAUUCAAAAAAAUUUUCUCUAGUUACAGUUGUGGUCUAAUGGUUAGAGAAUCGGACCUGAAGGUUGUGGGUUCGAUUCUCAAUACCGGCAGAACCUCUAAUCGAAUGCAAAUGGAUUCACACUGCUCACACUGCUCAUGUGUGUGUACUACUCACUGCUCCUAAUUUGUUUGCACUAACUUGGAUAGGUUCAGUGCAGAGGACAAAUUCCAAGUAUGGGUUACCAAGUAUGGCUUUCACAGUACUUCACUCACUUACUUUAUUUACUCUAAUGCAAUUUUCUGGUCUUAUGUAUGAUCAGUGCAUACUAUUCUCCAGGAAUUUUUUUUAUCUUAAAAAAAAAAAAAAUAUAUAUA